AUGUCCCAGGGUCUCGGAGCUCUGUUGGAGGCAAGCUUGGACCCCAGAUCGAACAAGUCGGCCGAGACAACCCUGCGCCAGGAAGAGCAGAAGCCUGGUUUCUCGCUACAGCUUCUUCACAUUACCGCAUCGCAGGAUGUACCUUACAACACACGUCUUGCAAGUGCACUAUGCUUCAAGAACUUCAUCAAGCGCAACUGGACCGACGAAGAUGGCACACAUAAAUUGGCGCAGGAUGAGGUUGAGACUCUCAAGCGCGAGUUGAUUUCCUUGAUGAUUUCGGUGCCCCCGGGCAUCCAAAGUCAGCUGGGUGAGGCUGUCAGUGUGAUUGCGGACAGUGACUUCUGGGAGAACUGGGAUACACUGGUGGAUGACCUUGUGUCGAAGCUGUCACCAGCCAACCCUACCGUCAACAUCGGUGUGCUGCAAGUUGCGCAUUCCAUUUUCAAGCGAUGGAGACCCCUGUUCCAGUCUGAUGCGCUCUACACCGAGAUCAACCACGUUCUCGGCAAGUUUGGUACUCCGUUCCUGGCUCUUUUCGAGGCACUGGACUCCUACCUUGAGCAGAACAAGACGAAUAAAGAGAAUCUCACUCAAGGCUUCAGCCAGCUUAACCUGAUGGUGAAGCUGUUUUACGAUCUUUCCUCCCACGAUCUCCCUCCCAUGUUCGAAGAUAAUAUUGCUGGAAUCGCCACAAUUUUCCUCAAAUACCUCACUUAUGACAACCCUCUACUACAAACUGAUGACGAUACCGAAGCUGGUCUCUUGGAAUACGUUCGCGCCGGAAUCUUCGAGGCCUUGACUCUCUAUGUGCAGAAGUACAUGGAUGUUUUCCAGCCUCAAGUGGGCCAGUUCAUUGGAAGCUCGUGGAACUUCCUCUCCACAAUCGGCCAGGAGACCAAAUAUGACAUCCUUGUCAGUCGAGCUCUCCACUUCCUCACCUCUGUUGCAGGCAUGCCAGAGCACGCUGCUUCUUUCCAGGCUGAGGAAACCCUGGGACAGAUUGUUGAGAAAGUUGUCUUGCCUAACGUCAGCCUACGUGAGUCAGAUGAGGAGCUCUUCGAGGACGAGCCAAUUGAGUUCAUUCGACGGGAUUUGGAGGGCUCCGACAGUGAGACCAGACGCCGAGCUGCCACUGAUUUCCUCCGCAAGUUAGCUGAGAAGUUUGAGGAGCCCGUGACCCGAGUUGUGCUCAAGUACACCGAGCACUACUUGGCUGAGUACGCCAAGGAUGCGUCCAACUGGAAGGCCAAGGACACUGCAACAUAUCUGUACUCCGCUAUCGCAGCCAAGGGUACCGCAACUGCCUCCCACGGUGUUACCGCUACCAACCAACUGGUCAGCAUCACAGACUACUUCCAACAGAACCUUGCUGCGGAUUUGAUCUCUGAGGAUGGCGUUCACCCCAUCCUGAAGGUCGAUGCCAUUAAAUACCUGUACACUUUCCGCAGUAUCAUCACCAAGGAGCAGUGGCAGCAGGUUCUUCCUGUGCUGGUCAAGCACCUUGCGUCUUCCAACUUCGUUGUCUACACAUAUGCCGCCAUUGCCCUGGAGCGUGUGCUGUACCUCACCGACGCCCAGGGACAGCCUGUGAUUCCUCCUACUGAAAUCACCCCUCUGGCCAAGGACCUUUUGGAACACAUUUUCCAGCUGAUCCAGUCCAACCCUGCUCCCGAGAAGGUGCAGGAGAACGAGUUCCUGAUGCGUUGUGUCAUGCGUGUUUUGGUUGUGAUCAAGGAGGGUGUGGUCCCCCACACUGAUAUCGUUCUUCAGCGUUUCAUCAACAUUACCAACAUCAUCAGUGCCAACCCCAGUAACCCGCGCUUUUACUACUUCCAUUUCGAGGCUAUGGGUGCCUUUAUUCGAUUUGCUGCCCCCGCCAACCCCGACAAGCUUGAGCAGGCUCUGUACGCACCCUUCGCUGGUAUUCUUCAGAACGAUGUGCAAGAAUUCAUGCCCUACGUUUUCCAGCUCUUCGCGGCUUUGCUCGAGGCCAAUCAGUCUGCAACUCUCCCGACCUACUACCAGGAGCUCAUUGGUCCUGUGUUGAUGCCUGUCAUGUGGGACUCGAAGGGUAACACACCUGCCCUGGUCCGUCUGCUUUCCUCCAUCAUCCCCCGAGGCUCGCAAUACAUCAUCGAGCACAACCAAAUUGAGCCUAUCCUUGGUAUUUUCCAGAAGCUAGUCUCCACCAAGGCCAAUGAGAGCUUUGCUUUCGACCUGCUCGAGACAUGCGUUGCCAGUUUCCCGCCCGCGGCAUUGGAGAACUACUUUGUCAUGAUCAUGCAGAUUAUCCUUCAGCGUCUGCAGAACUCCAAGACGGAGAACCUGACCCUUCGUUUUGUCCGUUUCUUCCACUUCAUCUCAAACCAGGAUGACAAGGGCUACAGCGCCGAUUUCAUCAUCCAGGUUACCGACAAGGUGCAAGAGGGACUGUUCACUCCGAUUUACAUUAAUGUCAUUCUCCCCGAGACGCAGAAGCUUGCCCGUCCUUUGGAUCGUAAGACGGCUAUUCUGUCCUUCGCCAAGACCCUCGCCAACUCGGAGGCUUUCGCCACUCCUUCUGGAGCUUCCCCCUUGCCCGCCAGCCGAGAUGACAUUAUUGCCGAUGCGGACACUGAAGACAUGUCCUUCGGUGUUGGUUUCACCCCACUGAACACCAUCCGUGCUGUUCAGAAGGACCCCUGGCCCGAGACCGGUGCCGACCUCAAGGUUUGGGUGGGCACUUAUCUGAAGGAGGCCGACAAGAAGCAGAACGGUCGUGUGUCGCAGUUUGCUUCGACACGUCUUGACGACCAAUCCAAGGCGAUGCUGGGAAGCUACAUCUCUUGA